CCACUUGUGUCCGUUCAGGCUGGAGGGACACGUGGCACGCGCACCUGCUUCCUACUUGGGUAUAAUCGCCCUUUGGAUGCAGAGUGGGGCUGGGGGCCGGCUGGCUUCCAGGACUCGGCAGGCCUCUUUCAGAAGCCCUGGAGGGAGACGCAGUGGGGUGGGCGGACCUGCAGUUAGGCAGGGGUCUUCCUGGCUCAGUGGGGUAGGGCUGCUGUGCCGCUGGAGAGCCUUCUGGGAGCCUGCUGUCCUGGGCAGAGAGGACCGAGGCAGGUGCGUCCGGGGGACCUCGGGUGUGGAGGUGUGUGCGUGCGUUCAUCCUGGCCACCCCUCUCUGCAUCCUGACGAUGUCCCUGGGCCUGUGCUGGCCUCGCCCUGCAGGGACUUGAUCCUCUGUCCAGGCUGACCCGAAGGCUCUGCACCUCCAGGACCGCCCCUCCCUCCCUGGGGCCUGGGCCAGCUGUGCUUGCCUUUGUGCAGACCAGAGGGAGACCCUGCAGGGGCUGUCGGGAUUGCAGACCUCCGUGUGCCCCCAGACACCCCCAGGGGCACACUCGGCCACCACAGCAGGAGUCUUGGCCUGUGGGUGAGGGGGGCUGGGGGGCCAGCUGAGGUUUAGGGAUCCAGGCUUGUGGGGCUUUGGGAGACAGUCCAGGAGGCCCUGGGGUGGGCCCUCUUCACGGCAGUUGGAGUGCGAUGCUCCCCGCUGCCAGGGCUCCCCUGGGGUCUGGGAGGUUGACACCCCUGCCACUCCUCCCUCUCUUAGCCCUCAGCUCUGGGAAGCCCACCCAGCCUCCACCACAGGCUCCCUAGCCUGGCUUCUCUCCUGUGCACCUGCUUCUGGGGGCUCAGUCACGGAGGGCUGCCCCAUCCCCCGGCCCCCUAGGAAGGCAGGGUGGUGAUCUGGAGGGGGCGGGGGCAGGAUCGCAGGGUGGUGACCUCUCUGGCCUCCUUGGGGUCCCUCUCAUUGCCCCGCUGGCUAGCACCAAGCUCUCUUGGGGUACACGUGUGAGCUAUUUGGGGUGCCCUGUGGGUAGGUAGGAACUUCCCCACAUCCCCAGCCUUGCUCAGAUAGCCUGCUGGGCCUGGAGCCCGGCCCCUUCUCUGCAGGACACCUGCUGGGGUGCCCCUCCUGGACCAGCAGCCCCCUACGUCUCCCAGCCCCUCCCCAGAAUGCCCUGCCCUGCUGGCCCAGGUCUGAGAGGUGGUGAGAGCAGUUGGCUGCUUCCUCCAGGAAGCCCGUGCUGGCGCGUGGCCGCGUGAGCGAACCUUUCUUGAUGGCUCCCAUGUUGUCUGUGGUCCACGUCCUAUGUGUCCUUUCCUGCAUGUUUUUGUCUCUGUGUUUGCACGGCUCCUGUGGGUUUGGGGCCCUCUUUGGAAACAGUGAACACCAUAUCCAAAGCCUUGGGCUUUGAUUCUCUCCUUGGCCAGCCUCCUGCUGGUCAGGCUCUGUGAUAAUCAAGACUCCUGAGGAUGUGGGUGUCAGGGUCAAGGACCCCCCUGCAUCUGACACGAACCAGUUCCCUCUCCUGGUGUGAUGUUGAGAGGGGACAGCCCAGACAUUUGGGGUGCAGUGGUCAUGGAGGAGGGGCCACCCUGGAGGGGGUGAGAUGGAGGGAGGAGGGCCCCUGGGACAGGGUGGUGCCGGGGUGGGCGCAGAAAGUGGGCCGGGUGGGGGCGGGGCGCCUGCACCUGCAGAGCCCCCUCCCCCGUCCCGAAGGACUAGAACCGACCCUCUGACCCCAGCGCCGCGGCCCGCCCGCAGAGCAUGGGGGCCCCGCAUGUCCCUGCGCGGACCGUGCUCUUCCAGCGCGAGAGGACUGGCCUGACGUACCGCGUGCCCGCCCUGCUGCCCGUGCCCCCGGGGCCCACCCUGCUGGCUUUCGCGGAGCAGCGGCUCAGCCCCGACGACGCGCACGCCCACCGCCUGGUGCAGAGGACCGGCACGCUGGCUGGGGGCUCCGUGCGGUGGGGCGCCGCGCGCGUGCUGGGGACGGCGGCCCUGGACGAGCACCGCUCCAUGAACCCCUGCCCGGUGCACGACGCGCGCACCGCCACCGUCUUCCUCUUCUUCAUCGCCGUGCGCGGCCACACGCCCGAGGCCGCGCAGAUCGCCUCCGGCAGGAACGCCGCGCGCCUCUGCUGUGUCACCAGCCGGGACGCCGGGCGCAGCUGGGGCAGCGCGCGGGACCUCACGGCGGAGGCGGUGGGCGGCGCCGAGCAGGAUUGGGCCACGUUUGCUGUGGGCCCAGGACACGGAGUCCAGCUGCGCUCUGGUCGCCUUCUGGUGCCGGCCUAUACCUACCGAGUGGACCGACGGGAGUGCUUUGGCAAGAUCUGCAGGACCAGCCCCCACUCCUUCGCCUUCUACAGCGAUGACCAUGGCCGCACCUGGCACCAUGGAGGCCUCGUGCCCAACCUGCGCUCGGGCGAGUGCCAGCUGGCCGUGGUAGAUGGUGGGCAGGCCGGUGGCAUCCUCUACUGCAAUGCCCGGAGCCCCCUGGGCAGCCGCGUGCAGGCGCUCAGUGAGGAUGAGGGCACCUCCUUCCUGCCUGGGGAACUGGUGCCCAGCCUGGCCGAGACUGCCCGGGGCUGCCAGGGCAGCAUCGUGGGCUUUCCGGCCCCGCUGUCCAGCAGGCCCAGGGAUGAGGGAUGGUCCGUGGGCCCCAGGAACGCCCCUGACCCUCCACGUUUCUGUCCUGGGGUCCAGGAGCCCCCAGGGGAGAGCGCUGGAGAUGGGACCGGGCAGGGGCUGAGUGGGCCAGAAGAAUGUUGGCCUGGACCGGGGGAUCCUGGCCCUGGGCUCAGUGGCAACAGGGGGGCCCGAACCCCAGAGCUCCUGGGGCCCCCUGUGACCUUGUCUCAGAGCCCCACGUGGCUGCUGUAUUCCCACCCCGUGGGGCGCAGGGCCCGGCUCCACAUGGGCAUCCGCCUGAGCAGGUCCCCCCUGGACCCCCACAGCUGGACGGAGCCCUGGGUGAUCUAUGAGGGCCCCAGCGGCUACUCUGACCUGGCAUCCAUCGGGCCCAGCCCCGGGGGCGUCUUGGCCUUCGCCUGUGUGUAUGAGAGUGGGGCCAGGGUCUCCUUUGAGGAGAUCUCCUUCUGCAUGUUCUCCCUGCGUGAGGUCCUGGGGAACGUGCGGGCGGGUGCCGGGCUGCCCAGCCUCGGGAGCAAGCCUCGGGAGCACUGCCAGCCCUCCUGAUGGGCCUCUGGCCAGGCCUGGCCGGGGCGGGGGGAGGCUGGGGGCAGAAGGGUGGACGAGAAGCGGGGAGGAGCGGGGAGAAGGGCGGGGGAGGGGUGGAUGCUGGGAGGGGCGGGGUGUUCUCCUGACUCCAGGGCUGGUCGGGGGCUCGGAGCGCCGGCCUCCUCGGUUUCUCCUAGAGCAUCGUGGGGGAGUCUCUGUGAAGUUUGGAUUCUCUCCAACAAGCAGGGCUGGUGUUGAAGAAGGAGUCGGGGGUAGGGAUGGGCCUUGGAUGAACAGCUGACCCUGGGUGACCCACACUGUCCCCCUCCCAAGGCUGCUGGGGGUGGGUGGGGUGCUGGGAUCCUUAGGUUGACACCAGGGGCUUGGGUCUGGACGGUUGUCCUCCUGAAUCUUGCUCUGCUGACUGUUUUCCGGCUUAUGAACAAGAGAUAAAGCGACUCUGCACGUCUGUCGGGGGGGGGGGUCCCUCCUCAGUUCUUUCCACUUUAAAGCCUGGAGAGGGUCCCCAGUGGUCCAGCCCUGAAGUCUCCUUGCGAGGUCUGCCCCCUCAGCCAAGUCCCCCAGUGCCAGGGUCGCCGGCGGCGGGGGAUGGGGAGGGCGAGGAGGGCCUCUGCUUCGUGGUGGUCCCAGGUCUGCCUGGCGUCUGCACUCCGGCCAGCUGCCCCUCCUCAGCUGGGUCGCAUCCCAGGACCAGCCCCUGCGCCCUGGUGGAAGCAUCCUUUUAUUUCCUCUUCUUUUAAAGUCUUCCUUUCUGGUUUAAAAAUCAAAGAUGUUUAUUGUAGAAAUUUGGGGAAAACUAUAAAGGAAACACGACUCCGCGCAGGCCUGCCUGUCCCGCAGCUGCGGCGCUCUCGCUGGCAGUUCUUUCCGGCCCGUUGAGCCAGUUCCUCUCCGGGGGUGUGGCUUUAGCAGAGCCCCGGCUAACCACCCUCCCUCGGUUCCAUGUGCAGCCGGAGCGCUCCGUGAUGUAAUUUCUUUACGCGGUCCUGAGGGGGGCCUUCGGGGCUGGGGAGUGUUCCUGUGGUGAGUCAUGCGUGGUGAGCACCUCUGGGGCGUCCCUGGGGGCCCCGGUUUCUGUCACCUCCUUAGGCUGGAUCCGGGGACAGCAGGCCACCUUUCGCAAUCUUUCCAAAGGGUGGAGGUGUCCACGAAGCCUCUGAGCACAGAGGCUCAUCCUCUGCCGUCUGGUGGCGGCUCCCCCUGCGUCCCUCGCCCCCAGGCUCCCGCCUGCAAACCCCCAACCCGCGGAGCUCGGCCAACGCCGCAAACACCUGUCGAGGCCUAACUCGUUCUUUCUUAACCACUGCGUGGUGUGGUCUAGAGCAUCAGGGGACCUUAUGGGGACCUUCGGGUGGUCUCUCGUGCUCAUCUGAUCCCAUCGCCACUGUGAACAGAGCCGCGGUGCGCGCCCUUGAACGUCUGGCUUUGCGAACCGAGACUCCGGCUCCUGCAGGACGGGUUCUGGACUGUGAGUGAUGGAGCAAAAGUCUCUGUUGUUUUUGUUCUAAUAGAUAACAGAGACUAUGUCCUCAAGAGCAGGAGCACGUCGCACGCUGUUGAUACACGCAAGAAGGCCGUUUUCUUCACACUCGUUGCCUUUUGACUUUUUCCAGUUCGAAGCGUGCAACGUGGCCUGUCCUGCGACACAUGUGCGCUUGUCUCCGUGCGGACACCCUCCCUGCUCACCUCCCCCUCCUCCCGGCAAGAAGCAGCUGUGUCGGCUUCCCGCCAGGGAACCCCCCACCACGCCGGGGCCGGGGGGUGCUGAGGUCCCUGCCUUGAACAAAGGUCACAAAGGAGGGGGUGGGUCCUGGCACCACCCCUCCCUGCUGCCCCCUGUCUUCAAACCCCAAAGCUCUCUCCACAGUGGUUGGAAGUGGCGCUGGGUGGGGCACAGGGUGCAUCCCAGGAGGGGAGCGGCCCCUCGGGGGGGGGGCUGAGUUAAGCUGAGCAGAGGCCUUCCGCUGACCUGCGAGGACACGGACAUGGAAUGUGGAGCUGGAGGUGCGGGGCGCUGACCCCGCGUCUAAGCUGCGUGAUCACGGAACUCCCGGUUCGGCUGUGGGCUGGAGCGAAGGGAGGCUCUCACGAGAAAGGGUUUGCAUGGCUGGGCUGGGCUGGGCUGGGCCCCCGCACCCUUUCUGAGGAACCUGAGGCUGGCGUGCUGGGAAGUCCAAGCAGGGUGAAGAGACGGAAAACCCACCCCUGACCAGUCACAGGCAAACCGGUGACAUCAAAGACAGGGGCUUAGCCUCAGUCAGGGACAUGCAUCACCUCGGAGGAGGCCACGUUUAGACUGGAGUGGACAUUCCCACAAAAAGAGUGGGACCUGGAAGACAAGCGAAUGGUGUCACGUGGGCUGAAAGGAAAUAGUUGCCUCCCCAGAGCCCCGCCGGGCAAGGAUGGCGCCUGAGGUCGCGACUGAGUAAGAAUGACUGACUUGUCACCUGCAGCCGCCCGUCCAGGGAACCAUGAAAGGACAUUCUUUACCUGGAAAGACAACGACCGUAGGUGGAAACUCAGAUGGAGGGAGCGGCAGAGGCGAGCAGGUGGAUGCUGUGUAAGGGAGCCCAGCAUCUGUGGGACUUCAGUCUGCAGACUUCAGCGGUACCGGGACGAGCGCCUGCGCUGAGAGGGAGGCGAGGGUUCUGAGAUCCCCGGGCUGCGCAAGAGAAGGCGGCGGCGCCCGUCCCAUCAGGCCAGGAUUCGCACCGAGGUCCCCAGUGUGAACACUAAAAGAGCGGCAGAAGUGCCGCCAGCGCACCCGGCACACGUGACAAACGAAACGGAAAACAGCCAGUUCAAACAAGUAAAGGGAUGAGAGAGAACAUACAGAGAGUACUGGUGAGACAGAUGGAAAGCAACUUCUGAGCUCGCCGACUGAAACCCACACAUGUCAGAAUUACACGAACACAAAUUACUUAAUAUUCCAAUGAAGAGUCAAAAAUGACCUUGCUGGCAAAACCCACAAAGUAGCAACCCCCACCCCAAACCCAACUAUAUUCCCCCGACAGUAUUCAUGUACAAGACGCAAAGAUACAGACAGGCGGAAACUUCAGAGGAAAAAGAGACCAGGAAAAUAGACCAUAAGACAGUGUGUGUGUGUGUGUGUGAUUAUAUUAGUCAAAGAUCUUAAGCCCAAAAUACCAGUAGUGAUAAAAGGAGACAUUUCAAAUGAUAAAAACUUGAUUCGACAGAAAAUUAUCACAAUUUAGAAUUUGUAUGUACCAAGUAUUAUGCUUCAAAAAUAUGAAACAACAGAGUUCCCUGGUGUCUCUGUGGGUUAAGGAUCUGGCAUUGUCACUACAGUGGCUUGGGUCACUGCUGUGCCACUUGUUUGAUCCCUGGCCUGGGAACUUCUGUAUACUGCGGGGGGCACGGCCAAAAAAAAAGAAAAAAAAAAAAAAAAAGAAAAAAGAAAAAAAGAAAUGAAAAUGAACAGAUCUAUUGGGGUCAACUGACCCUCGAGUAUAGCAGAAAGAUUUGGGUACCAGUCUUACAGGAACUGAAAGAGCAUGGACAUAAAAAUAAAAUCAGGAAGACGUGGAAGAUUUGGCCACCUUGCCCCAAACUCUACUUAACUGACAGGUUAGAAUACUGCCCCCAAAUAACCACAGAGCACACAGUCUUUCAAAUACACUCAGAUAUAAAAUCGACAGCUUGUUGGACCAUUAAGUCAAGACUCCACAGAUUUCAAAGGGCUGAAAAUCACAAUGGAUUGAGCUAGACAGAAAAACAAAAGAAAAUUUAAAAUCUUCAUAGGUUUGAAAAUUAAGAAACAGAAUUCUGUAUUUCUCAUAGUUCAGAGAAGAAGUUAUAGGAGUUCCCUUUGGGGCUCAGUGGUUAACAAAUCCGACUAGGAUCCAUGAGGAUGUGGGUUCAAUCCCUGGCCUUGCUUAGUGGGUUAAGGAUCCAGUGUUGCCCUGAGCUGUGGUGUAGGUGGCAGACAUGUCUCAAUUCUGCGUUGCUGUACCUGCGGUGUAGGCUGGCGGCUACAGCUCCGUUUCUGCCCUUAGCCUGGGAACCUCCAUGUGCCACAAGUGUGGCCUUAGCCAAAAAAAAAAAAAAAAAAAAA